AUGGCGGUGCAAGGAGCAAAUACCCUACAAUUUGAGCUCCUGAACAAGUAUAUGAGCUGUUCAGAUGAGAGCCAAAGAGAAUGGUGGCAAAGAACUGGGCCUUUACUGGCCAGCUUGAUGAGUUCGGCGGGCUAUACCAAUCAAUCCCAGUGGCAGUAUCUGAUGUUCUUUUACACAUCCGUCGUCCCAUAUCUAGGACCAUACCCUCAGACCUUCCCCAGCGCCAUGACCCACAACGAACUUCCUUUGGAACUCAGCAUCAACUUUCAACAGUUAGGUGGCAAGAGACCAGUUGUUCGAGUGGCGGUGGAGCCUAUCACCUCCGUUUCUGGAACGAAGGAGGACCCGUAUAAUCUGAGCCCUAUCCGUGACUUUCUUACUCGUCUGGGGAAGCUCAAUCCCGAAGGAUAUGAUGAUCGUCUAUUUGAGCACUUUUAUCCCAAGCAUACCUUGAAUGAAACCGAAUGCCAACAGCUGCAAGCUAAGAAUGAGGCAAUACGCGAACUUUCUCAAGUGGCUUUUGGCUUUGACCUUAAGCCCGACGGCAUCUCCGUUAAGGGAUACACUUUUCCGGGCGUGAAGUGCCAUGCGGCAGGCACAGACUUGUGUUCUGUUGUGAUCGGAUCCGUCCAAGAGUAUCUGGGAGAUGCGGACAGUUACAAUACAUUGGGCUUGAUCAAAGACUAUAUUGAGACGACGGAUUCAAGGGCCAACUUCGGAUUUGUCUACUCACAUGAUUGUGUCACACCGGAAAAGUCCCGCCACAAGUUGUAUGGCCGUACCAAAGACAUGUCCUGGAGCCAGGUUGAGGAAAUCUGGACUCUGGGUGGACGUAUUGAUUCGCCCGAGUCUAACAGAGGCCUUGAAUACCUCCAGAAAUUGUGGUCAAUGCUGCAGAUUGGCAAUGAUCCCCAUCCGCUUGGUCUUCAUUUGGUGUGGAACUAUGAAACAAAGGCCGGACUUGAAGUACCGGCUGCCAAGAUCUACUUCCCUCUUUACGGUCUUAAUGACCUCGACAAUGUGCGUGCUAUCGCCCAAUAUCUCACGCACAUUGGACUCAACGCUCAAGGGGACGCCUAUGUGCAAGAUGUACGAAGUUGUUUUCCUGGGCUUGAUAUAAAACAAACAGACCGCCUAAUAUGCUGGGUGUCAUUCGCGUAUUCAGAGAAGACGGGGGUGUAUCUAAGCGCUUACUAUCACUCUUCACUUGAGUACCCUUUCCUUGAGAAGAAGGCUUAA